AUGGAUUACAUAAAGCAAUGGGCGGACAAUUACGGAGGCAUGGUGCUCACAAUUGAGGGCCAGCUGGCAGCGGACUACAUAAAGCAAUGGGCGGACAAGCACGGCGGCAUGGUGCGCAACCCCAGUGCGAAUUUCAGCAUGCACAGCACAAUGAGUGCCCUCUCCUCUCCCACCUGCCCUCCCUGCUCCUUCCCCCAGGUGCUCACCAUAGAGGGCCAGCCGGCAGUGGAGUAUAUAAAGCAGUGGGCGGACAAGUACGGCGGCAUGGUGCGCAACCCCAGUGCGCGCUUCAACAUGAUGUUCGCCGGGCUCGACCCGGAGGGGCGCGCCAGCUUGUGGCAGCACCCGGGGGAGUUCGCUCUGAGGGAGCUGAUUCCAGAGAGCGACUCGCUGCAGGUGUCCAUUCUCAGAGGGGGAGCAGCAGAGAACGUGAGCGUGCCAUGGAUGGCUGUUUCGAGCUCAGAGGCUUUCACCGACUCGCACUCCUACUGGACCCUCAACUUGAUCGUGCUGCACACAUUCGACGUGGACAGCACCACGGUGGAGGAGCUAGCAGUCACCAGCCCUGACGUGCACCCCGUUGACUACCUCGCUGCGGAGAUUCUCAGAGCCAUGGACGCCGCCAAGAGCACCAACUGCGCGGAGGUCAUAUUCGACGUGCGCGUGAACGGCGGCGGGUACACCGCGCUGGGCUCAGUCACAGCCGUCACCCUCCUCGGCACGCGCAACGUGCCUCUAGCGGACGCAACUCUACCCAUGGACUUCAUUAUAGGCACAAACUUCACCUGGAGCCUCAUGGCGGAUCAGGCCAUACCCGCUUAUGCCACGGACGGCUAUACGCAGCCCAGCGACGGGGCGUCGGUGCUCUGGUCUUCGCAAGACUACACGCCGCUGCAGAACAUCUCGUUUACAGAGGCCGGUCGCGCCGGCACCUAUACCGCGGAUUUUAAAGUCUAUUUCGAGAAUUUCUACGGCGGAUUGGCGGAACGGCCCGGGUCGGAGGAGCCGUUUUUCGGCGCGCGGCCGUUUCUGUUUCUCGCGGACGGCGACUGCUUCUCCACGUGCGCCAUCCUUACGCACAUGCUGGGUAAACGCUACAAAGUGCCCAUGGUAACCGUGGGUGGUUACCUCAACCACCCCGUGUCCGUGAGCGCGUCGUGCCUGGGCUACACCAUGCUCUCGUUAAACUGCGACGUCUCGGUUCCGCUAAGCCUCACGAACCACGCCAACGACCCGCGCGCUUCGAAACCGUUUAAAACGAACAUGGAUGUUUCCAUGGCGUUUACUAACGGGUAUGUGGACUCGAGCGUUCCGUGCGAGUUCGAAUUUCUGCCGAGUCAGCGCCACAUGGACUACACCGUCGAUCGCAUCGACAAGCCCUGGGUCAUCUGGAGCGACGUCGCGAAACUCUUCCCGGAAUUGCCGCUGCCACCGGUGAUCGCACAGUCGCAAGCUGCCGCGUAA